ACAAGGCCUCAGUCGCUGCUGUCUUCAUUGUGUCUGGGGCCAAGACUUGAGGAUGGUUUCAGCUAGGAAUAACUUGCUUGAAUAACUUAAAAGUACAUAUAUUUUUUUUAUAAGAUAAGAUUGAGAAUAAUAAUAUAUAUAUUUGGACCAUGGAGCUGUUAGCCCUCUGGUUGUUCCUGCUUCCGUGCUUCAGUCUUGCGCCUUUAGCUACCUCUGAGAAGGGCUUGGAGCUGCCACAUUACGAUGGGGAAGAUCGCGUUAUUGAUAUCAAUGACAAAAACUACAAGAAAGCCAUGAAGAAGUACAGCAUGCUUUGUUUGUUUUACCAUAAGCCAAUCCCAGACAACAAGGAGCAGCAGAGGCAACACCAGAUGACAGAGCUGGUGCUAGAGCUUCUAGCACAAGUGAUGGAGGAGAAAGGCAUUGGAUUUGGGAUGGUGGACUCUCAAAAAGACGCAAAAGUGGCUAAAAGACUGGGUCUGGAGGAAGAGGGCAGUGUCUAUGUCUUUAAAGAGGACCACGUGAUUGAGUUUGACGGCUUACUAUCUGCAAAUACUCUGGCAGAGUUUUUAUUGGAUCUGAUGGAGGAUCCAGUUGAAGUCAUAGAUAAUGCCCUGGAACUCCGCGCCUUUGACCGGAUGGAGGAGGACAUCCGUCUCAUCGGAUACUUCAAGAAUGAGGAAUCAGAACACUACGAAGCAUUUAAAGAGGCAGCCGAGGAGUUCCAGCCAUACAUCAAGUUCUUUGCCACGUUUGAGAAAUCUGUGGCCAAAGAGCUGACCUUGAGGCUGAACGAGGUGGACUUUUAUGAGCCGUUCAUGGAGGAGCCCGUCACCAUCCCGGGAAAACCGCACACCGAGGAGGAGCUGGUGGAGUUCAUCACAGAGCACAGGCGGCCCACUCUGAGGAAGUUACGCGCAGAAGACAUGUUUGAAACGUGGGAAGAUGACAUCGAUGGCAUCCACAUUGUUGCCUUUGCAGAGGAGGAAGAUCCAGAUGGUUUUGAGUUCCUGGAGAUCCUAAAGGAAGUGGCCAGAGACAACACUCACCUUCCUGACCUCAGUAUUGUGUGGAUCGAUCCGGAUGACUUCCCUCUGCUGAUUCCCUACUGGGAGAAAACCUUCAAAGUGGACCUGUUCAGACCACAGAUUGGAGUUGUCAACGUCACAGAUGCUGACAGUGUGUGGAUGAGCAUUGACAGUGACGAGGACCUGCCCUCGGCUCAGGAGCUGGAGGACUGGAUCGAGGACGUCCUCUCUGGAAAAGUGAACACAGAGGACGAUGAUGACGACGACGAUGAUGAUGAUGACGAUGAUGAUGAUGACGACGAUGAUGACGACGAAGAUGAUGAUGAUGACGAUGAUGAUGACGACGAUGACGAUGAAGAUGAUGACGAAGAUGAUGAUUAAGCUUAAACCUGUUUACUCAACAGACUGGGCUAAACAUGAACUGAAGCUGCAAAAUGAGACCUUUACAAAUAUUUAAACCUUUAAGUUUGAUAACAUUGUUAAGAAUAAAGAGAACCUAAGAUCCCUCCGUCUUUCCUUUUGCCAUUUACGUGCACGGCAGUGGCACGUAAUGUUCAGAAAAAUUUUAUUUUAGUGUGAUUUUUCUAUGGUUGUGAAAUUCAUUUAAUUUAUUUGAGACAGAGAUUCAGUCAUUUCUAAAUGUCAGUAUUAUGAGUCAAUCUUUUAAAAGGAAAUGCCCCCAGCCAGUACUUCAAACUUUGAAGGAAGAAAUGUGUUUAUGUGUUUACAAAUUUUAGUUGUUUUAAAAAGAAACACAAGGCAUUCACUCACCCCACCAGUUUUUAGUCAGAACUGAAGAAGCUACUUGGAUGAGUGGUGAAAUGUUUUCACUUCGUCCAGCUGGCAGAAUAAUUUUUUUUGCAAAACAAAUAAAAAAUGUGAUUGAUCAAUAUGA